AUGGCUUCCACCACCACCAUCCCCCUCGUCAUCGGUGGCAAGGACGUCGUCACCCCCGCCACCUUUGACGUCGUCAACCCCUCCACCGGCGCCGUCCUGCACGCUUCCUCCUCCGCCUCCGUCCCUGAGGCCCUCGCCGCCGUCGACGCCGCCGCCGCCGCCUUCCCCUCCUGGCGCGCCACCCACCCGGACCACCGCCGCGCCAUCCUCCUCCGCGCCGUCGACGCCCUCGCCGCCCGCGCCGACGCCCUCAAGGCCUCCAUGCGCGCCGAGACCGGCAGCGACGCCGCCUGGGCCGACCUCAACGUCGCCAUGGCCCGCGAGCAAAUCGUCCACGCCGCCUCCCACCUCGUCAACAUCGAGGCCCGCAUGCCCGUCGUCGCGGACCCCGGCCGCGAGGCGGUUGUCAUUAAAGAACCCUACGGCGUGGGCUCCGAGCUGAGCCCGGAGACGCUGCGGCAGGUGUGCGCCGUGCUGUGGGAGGCCGGCCUACCCCCCGGCGUGCUCAACUUCAUCACCAGCGCGCCCUCCUCCGCCGCCGCCGUCACCGCCGCCGUCGUCGCCCACCGCGCCGUCCGCAAGGUCAACUUUACCGGCAGCACCGCCGUCGGGCGCAUCAUCGGGCGUCUCGCCGGCGAGAACCUGAAGCCGGUGCUGCUGGAGCUCGGCGGCAAGGCGCCGUCGAUCGUGCUCGCGGACGCGGACCUGAAGCUGGCGGCGCGCCACUGCGCGCUCGGCGCGUUCCUGCACGCGGGCCAGAUCUGCAUGAGCACCGAGCGCAUCCUCGUGCACGAGAGCGUGCGGGACGCCUUUGCUGAGGCGCUCGUCGCCGCGACGGCGAGCCUCUACGGCACCGACGGCGGGGAGGCGCCGGUGUUGGUGGCGCAGGCGGCGGUGGCGAAGAACAGGGCUCUGGUGGCGGACGCGGUGGCCAAGGGCGCGACGGUGCUGUACGGCGACGUGGACGCGGCGGAGGCGAGCGCGACGCGCAUGCGGCCGAUCGUGGUCGCCGACGUCCGUCCGGACAUGGACGUCUACAAGACCGAGUCGUUUGGGCCGACGGUGUCGCUGAUCUCGUUCGCGACCGACGACGAGGCGGUCGAAGUCGCCAACGACACCGAGUACGGCCUCGCGGCGGCCGUGUUCAGCCGCGACCUGCGCCGCGCGCUGGCUGUCGCGCGUCGCAUCGAGACGGGCGCCGUCCACGUCAACUCGAUGACGCCGCACGACGAACCCGCGCUGCCGCACGGCGGCGCAAAGGACAGCGGCUUCGGCCGAUUCGGCGGCGGCUUCGACGAGUGGACGCGGACAAAGACCAUCACGUACGACUCGCUGGUGUAA